CAAUUUGACGUUAGCUGUCAAAAAUCACAACUUUCCGUCUCCCGUGGUUUUUUCUAUUUUUCCAAAUGAUAUUGCUGGAUUUAUAAUUUGUUUAAAGGAAAAAUAACAAAAAUUUCCCAACAAAAUGUUACGAAGUAUUACUUCCUUAGCCAUUACCAGGCUACCGACAGUAAUUGCCGUACAACACAUGUCCGUCUAUCCACCGACCUACAUUGAUCCUGUCUUCAAAAAGGAAAAACAAUCAUUCCUCCGUGAAACUGGAGAAACAUUAAAAUUGGCUCAUAUGCCAAUCAAACCAGCUCGUAAUAAUGAUACCUCGUCGGUGUUUCAUGAUGAUAUUUUGAGCAAAUUUACAAAUUACGUAAUGCGCAAAGGAAAAAAGGUCCUGGCGCGUGAUUUGAUUGAUAGGACUUUUGAGAAUAUCAAACGAAUUCAAUUGGAACGUUAUAAUCUGGCUGAAGAUCCAGAAGAAAAGUCAAAGAUUGAAACUAAUCCAUUGAAGAUCUUGCAUAUGGGAAUUGAGAAUUGUCGUCCACUUUUACAGUUGACACCGAUUAAAAGAGGUGGUGUCACUUAUCAAGUCCCUGUGCCAGUUACCACCAAGAGAUCUUACUUCCUUUCUAUGAAUUGGUUGAUUGAGUCUGCUCAAGAGAAAGAGAAGAGUGUUCAUUUUCCCGAGAAGUUGGCUUGGGAGUUGCUAGACGCUGCUUCCGGACAAGGUCGUGUGGUGAAGAAGAAGCAAGAUCUUCAUAAGCAAGCCGAGGCAAAUCGUGCUUAUGCUCAUUAUAGAUGGAGUUAGAUAUUAAGUUUGUUUUUUUGUAUUUCUACUUUAUUGGCUUAGACAAAUAAAAAUUACUUAAGCAUAA